AUGGUGUGGGAAAACAAAACCAUUCUGGUGGAAUUCUUUCUGAAGGGCCUUUCUGGUUACCCGAAGCUGGAGCUACUCUUUUUUGUGCUGAUCUUUGUCAUGUACAUCUUCAUUCUUUUGGGCAACGGUACCCUUAUAUUAAUUAGUAUCUUGGACUCUCGCCUUCACACACCCAUGUAUUUCUUCCUGGGGAACCUUUCCUUCCUGGAUAUCUGUUACACCACCACCUCUGUCCCCUCCACGCUGGUGAGUUUCCUCUCAGAAAGAAAGACCAUUUCUUUCUCUGGCUGUGCAGUGCAAAUGUUCCUUGGCUUGGCCAUGGGUACAACCGAGUGUGUGCUCUUGGGCAUGAUGGCGUUUGACCGCUAUGUGGCCAUUUGCAACCCUCUGAGAUAUCACAUCAUUAUGAGCAAGAAUUCCUAUGUACCUAUGGCAAUUGGGUCUUGGUUUUCAGGAGCUGUCAACUCUGCAGUUCAAACCAUGUUUGUUGUACAAUUGCCUUUCUGCAGUAAUAAUGUCAUCAAUCAUUUCUCCUGUGAAAUUCUGGCUGUCAUGAAGUUGGCCUGUGCUGACAUCUCAGGCAAUGAGUUUAUCAUGCUUGUGGCCACAACAUUGUUCACAUUAAUGCCACUGCUCUUGAUUGUCUUCUCUUAUUCAUUAAUCAUUUCUAGCAUCCUCAAGAUUCGUUCCUCUGAGGGUAGAAGCAAAGCGUUCUCCACUUGUUCAGCCCACCUGACCGUGGUGAUUAUAUUCUAUGGGACGAUUCUUUUCAUGUACAUGAAGCCCAAGUCCAAAGAGACACUUAAUUCAAAUGACCUGGAUGCUACUGACAAACUUGUAUCCAUGUUCUAUGGGGUGAUGACUCCCAUGAUGAAUCCUUUAAUAUACAGUCUCAGAAACAAGGAUGUGAAAGAGGCGGUAAAACAUCUGCUGAACAGAAAGUUUAUUAGCAAGUGA